AUGAUAUCAAACAGGUCCUUCAGCGUCAUUCUCUUUGCGUUCAUUUCCGCAGUUGUCCUCCUCAUCACAGCUAGACGCCUCGAUCAGUGGGAUAGCAACGGCGGCCACUACCACACGGGGGAGCUCAGCCCACAUGUUGCUGUCGGCACGAAUGUUACAGCCACAGCACCGCUCGAGAGCACCGACGCCAUCCCCAUGUCAGCUCCAGCGUCGAACCAAGGCCAAAACCAGGCAUUUGCUGCGAACCAUGGGCUGCAGUCCCUCCGCCCUGAUCGUGAUCCCAUCUGCGAUGGCUUUCCAGACACCUCUGGCAUCCUCCUGAUCAUGAAAACUGGCGCCACCGAGUCUUUCGACAAGCUUCCUACCCAAUUGAUCACCAUUCUCAGGUGUCUCCCUGACUUCCUCCUCUUCUCCGACCUAGACCAGCACAUUGCCGGAUACCACGUUCGUGACAGCCUCGAAACAGUUCUAAGCACCGCCAAGGAUGGCAACGCCGACUUCGACCUCUACCGCCAACAGAAAGACUGUGUUAUUGAUCAGGAAAUGUGCGCCAAGAACCUCGAAGGGGCCCAAGGCGCAGGGUGGAACCUAGACAAGUACAAAAACAUCCACAUGGCCGAGAAAGCCCACAGGCUACGACCUGGAUACGAUUGGUACUUCUUUGUCGAUGCCGAUACAUAUGUCUCCUGGCCCAACCUUGUCCAGAUGCUUCGCAAACUCGAUCCAACAAAGCCGCGGUAUCUGGGAAGCCCAACUCUGAUCCGAGGUUAUCCCUUCGCCCACGGUGGCAGCGGGUACGUCCUCUCUGGUGCAGCGAUGAAGGAAUUUGCAGGGCAGAAUCCAGGCAUCGCGAACAAAUACGACGCACAGAUCAAGGACGUGUGCUGCGGGGAUUACAUGUUCGCGAUUUCCCUCAAUGAUACCGUUGGUCUCAUGGUGGAGAGCCUCUGGCCCCUCAUCAAUGGCGAGAAACCGUCCACGUUCCCCUUUGGAAGUAGACAUUGGUGCAACCCCAUCGCAACAAUGCAUCACAUGAGUAGCGAGGAGGUCUCGGCAUUCUGGGAGUUCGAGCGCCAACGAUAUACCAGGACCCAAGAGCCUCUAUUACUCAAGGAAGUCUACUAUGAGUACUUUGAACCAAAGCUCGUACCAGUGCGCGAAGACUGGGAUAAUCAAUCUGACAACUUGUAUUACAUCGACUUGGACUCACCAGACCACACGUGGGAAGACUGGCGGAUCACCAGAGCACCCAGAGAGGAGGACAAGUCCGAGUUAGAGAAGCUGGCCCAUCUGAGUGCUGACGACUGCGCCAGGGCAUGCGACGAACACAACGAUUGCAUGCAAUACAGCUACAAGAAUGAUUGCUGCGGCAUGAAGGGCUCGUUCCAGCUCGGCAAGCCUGUGAAGAGGCCACAGGAGGAGAAGGAGCGGAUGACAAGUGGCUGGGCCGUCGCGAAGAUUGAGCGAUGGAUUGAACAGCAAGGAGAUUGCGAGGACGUGUCCUGGCCUGAGGUCAAGCCGUGA